AUGUUGACGUUUCUUAUCCCCGGGCCCGUACUGGAGUGCUUGAAUGGGAAGCUGGUGACCCGCUUCUGCAAUAACAAGCAACCUCCCCAUAUCAACGUGCUCGUGGACAAGAGUGUCUACGACAGAAUCUACAUCUACUACAUCUAGGAGGCAAGCCACCGUCGGGCGGGCAUUCCUUUAAACUUGGCGUCAAUCUGGCAGGCACGGUAAGAGAGAAUUGGACGCGAUUCUUCCCUUUUCGUGCGCCGAGGCACGCUUUGCUCACGACCACCACGUUGCUUGUUGUUAGGUCUCACCACCCACGAGAAUUUAGACUUCGCCCUUAUUGGCGAUUACCUGCGGGAUGCCGGCUCAUGAUGCUUUUGCUCGUCGCUCACGAGACUGGGACCUUGCUCAUGAUACGCGCAUAGGAGGGCGCCGCGGUGAUUCUCCCGAUUUUUCUUACAUGAAAUGCCCAUCACGAGCCAUUUUGUCUGCUUCGGGAGUGCAUGAAGUUCUUUCUGUGGCGGAUACGUUGUGGCGGCAGCGGCCUGAGCUGCAACCCCUGUUUAGUGGGGCUCGAGAUGACAGCAUGCUCCCCGCUUCUACUACUGCUCCUACUGCUUUUGUGCCGGCUUACCGGCCUGCAUCCGCCGACUUCCCCGUGGUGCUCUCUGAUUCGACUCCACGUAUUUCGACAUGGCGAAUUUUAUGUGUACACAAGUUGGGCGUUCGUUACACUACCGAUCUGCCAUUCAUUUUUCGAGAAGAACUCGCUUUUUUUUUGGGCCAUUGGCUAUGCAUGUAAAAGACCUCGAGUUGGAGCCUUUGCUGCCGCGCAAACCCACUGCGGUCUUUCCCCGCACCUCAGCGCCUGUUGCGGCAAAACGUCGUGCUGCGCUGCGCGAGUUUUGGACAGACAAACUAGUCUCCUCGUAUAACACAGGCCCUUUUGUGCUAGCUUCUACUGCUGUUGGUACAUGGCAUGGAGUGCUUCUGGAUGCCUUUUAUGAUUGGUUGGAUCCGCUUCAACCAAGGGUACAUCAAGCUUUUCUGGCCGGGCGUAUGCUCUCUUGCGGAUAUCUUCGCUUUCCGUUUGGACCCAGGCAGGACCCUCCGGCCGUUGCACCCACUUUUACCGCGUCUUCUGUCCCUGGCUCUGCUGUCCCCGGCUCUGCUGUUGCCCCCACCGCCGUGGCCCCCGCCAUUGCUGUUUCUACUCGUGAUCGGGAAUACCCCGGUUCUCUCGCUUUUCUUUCAGAAGCAUAAAUGUCGGAGAAGUCGGAGGAACUGAUGGGCUUUGAAGAAGAGGAGGUGGAGGACGCGUCCCAGUCUUCACAGGUGGAGAACGCAUCCCAGUCUUCCCCGGACCGUCGUGAAUCUAUGGACAGGGCCUUCUUCGCGACAUCGAGGCGGCCCGCCCCAAGGCUCUGGCUGCAGCUUACCGCUCGGGCAGCAUCACCCUCCGGGACAUUGUGGACGCGGCCCGCCUUUCCUCCCCCCACCCCCUUGCCGUCCCCACUGUUGACUUUGACCUAGACGAGGAGGAGCUCGUUGAGAUGUCUAACGAUGAAGUCGACGCGUGGACACAACUUCAGACCAUCUUCAACCAGCGGCUGCAGGCUGAGCUCGACCAGGCGGCGGAGGACGCGGAGCAACGGGCCCGAGAAGAGGAGGCCGCUC